CGAUCCUACGAUUUUUAAAUAAUUUUGUACAGAAAAUAAUUACCUAGUAAGUUCUUCCAAAAAAUAAAAUUUUUAUUGUGAUUUUAUCAAUGUGAUUGGAGUGGCAAUAUGAACUUCUCGUGCACUAUUUGUACGGAUAUUUUUGUAUCAUCCGUUGAUGUCCAUGUUACGCCCUGUGGCCAUGCGUUCCAUUACGCUUGCAUUCUUCAGUGGCUGGAGCGAUCCAAAUCAUGUCCGGAAUGUCGCAACAAAUGUAUUGCGAAGGAUUUGACCAAGCUCUACUUGAACGAUGUCACAAAUGGAGACAAUCGUGACAAUGUUACGUUGAGGUUGCAAAAUCUGGACAAUAUGAAAUUAUCGUUAAGAGAAAAGGACAUAAAAAUAAAACGUUUGAUGAAGGCAGAAGAAUCACACAAGGGUGAGCGCAACAAGCUGAGGAAAAAAAUAGCAUCGCUACAGGGAACGAUCGAAGGCCUGGAUUGCGUGAUCUCUACGUUGCGUAGCGAAGUCUGGAGGCUCCGAGGCGAACAGAGUGAAUACGAGAAGGCAAAAGAGGAAUUAGAGAAAAUGGAAAAAAAGAUGCGGCUUGUGAGGACCAUCGAAUUUGCUAUCGAUUCUUCCAGCGAGGAGACCGAGGCAUUGGUGGCAAGCAACAGCAAUCGUCAUACGCUGGCCGUGUUGGCGACUUCGCUGAAGCGGGAACUGCAAGCCAGCGAAUUUAAGAGGGAGGAGCUUCGAAAUCAGGUCAAAUCAUGCCAGAACGAUUUAAAUAAGGAAAGGAAGAAAUAUAGGGAAAUGGAAGACAAGCUGUCCACGGCAGAUAGUGAAAUCCAUGAUCUGCGAAAUAGAUUGGACAAAACAUCCAAGAAACCUGACGACAGCGAUGAUAAUUCGGAUGCGAAUAUAGAUGAUGAAGUGCGCAAAAUUCUAGAGUCGGAUUCACCAUUCUUGCCGAUUAAAUCAUGCGCAUUUGGACUGCAUCCGAAUUUUUUACGGAACUACUAUGCAAAAAAAUCCGGUGAACCUGAAUCAAGCGUCAAACGAUCACUGAUGAAUGCAUUCGGAGAUCCAAGUGGUAAGUGGUUCAAUGGUCCUGCAUUAAAAGACCGGCGGCCAUCGGAAAAUGAGCCCAAUCCAUCCGGAUCAUGGAAACCGUUGGGAAAGGAAAAUCUCCCUUUUUCUGGCAGGAUUGUUACGAUAAGCCGCAAAGGAGGAAGUGAUCGGAAAAUGUUUGAUAUGGAACAUUUGAUGUUACCGGACGUUUAGAUUGUUAUGGCGAUAAAUUCA